UGGAACCAAAAAAUUGAGCAGAAAAUCUGAAAUAGCUGUACAUUCUGACCAUGUACUGAGGUUUAUUUAUGACCAGGAAGCUUCAUACGUCCGCGGUGUGGUCCAAGCUUCAAUGCGAGACAGGAGUUAUAAUGUAACGAUUAGUCUUGGAACGAAUUAUAAUGUGGAGAACAGCACCUGUGAGUGUGUUAAUGGGCAGGAUAAAUGUCACCAUAAGGCUAGCCUCCUUCUCUAUGGGUAUAAGAAUGUCUCCAAGACAGAUGUUCGGCAGUCGUGGGUGAAAAAUCCGAAGUCGGUCCCACCUCGACAAACCAAGACAAUGGAGGACCUUUUCCCUGCAGCAGACAGAUUUGUAAAUUACAGCAAUGCAUUGGAUACUAUCCCCUGAGCCGCCUGUACCCACACUUGCAGUGCCUCUAGUUGAAGACCUCAUAUCUAGCCAGGAAUUUAUUUCUGCGGAAAAUCCGAUUGCUUGGAUGAAGCAAAAAUUAAUGAUUAAUGAGCAACAAAUCCAACAGAUUGCCUCUCUUACCACUGGUCAAAAAGAAAAUUGCAUGUGGUCAUCUGUUAGGAAGAAUAGAUUAACAGCAUCAAACUUUGGUUGUGUUUUGGCAGCGAUCAAGAGAAAUAGAUAUCCUAUCUCCUUAUACAAAAGACUAUGUUCAGCUUAUGAUCUGUCAAAAAAGGAUGCUAUUAUUUGGGGGAUGUGCAAUGAAAAAGUCGCCAUUGAAAAGUACAAAACUUUUGGGGAUGCAGUUGUAGAGCCAACAGGUAUCUGGCUACACUGUAAUGGGGUUCUUGGGUCAAGCCCAGAUGGACUCAUUCGUCGCCCAGCUGCAUUCGAAUUCAACUAUCAGAAUCCAGGACUAGCUGACAUGUUAGAGAUGUUAAACGUUAAGCCAGAAAUUCUGGAGGUGAAAUGCCCCUUUUCAGCGAAGAAUAUGACCAUUCCAGAAGCUAUUGAAAAAGUAAAUGAUUUCUGCCUAGAGGUUCAGGAUUUUCAUGGAGUGAAAUCAUACAGAUUACGAGAAAACCACCAAUACUAUGAUCAAGUUCAAGGACAACUUUACAUAACUGGAAAGUCCUUGUGUGAUUUCAUGGUCUGGACACCAAAAGACUGUGCUAUUGUUAGAAUUAACAAAGACGUCAAUUGGGGAAUUAACAUAUCUGUUUUGACAGACUUUUAUUUCUGUAAAUUUCUUCCUUAUGUACAACAGCUAUAAAAUAUAACAUUAAACAUGGUGAAAACAUA